AUCACGCUGUGCGUCGUUUGUUGUUUGCAGCGGCAGAGGAUCGAUGAGAGGAAUUUAAAUCUGAUACAAAGUGACUGAAGAGAAGAAGGUCCAGUAGAACCAGAAGAAGAACCACCAGUUCAGGUCGAAAGAUUUCCAUCCAGAACCAGGUCAUCCUCCUGAACUCUGACCUCUGUGUCCCUCCAUGGACCCCGGCGACCCCGGCCCGUGUGGCGACGCGGCGGGCUCCAUCCGGGAGCGGACCAUCGCGGAGAACAGCCUGGUGGUUCUGCUGCAGGGCCUGCAGGGUCAUGUGACCACGGUGGAGCUGCGGGACGAGUCGACGGCGGUCGGACGCGUCCUCAGCGUGGACGCCUUCAUGAACGUCCGGCUGGAGGGCGUCGUCUUCCGGGACCGGCGGGGCCGCGCCCUGCGUCUGCAGCAGCUCUUUGUCACGGGGCGCAACGUGCGCUACGUGCACGUACCCGACCGCGUGGACAUCCUGCAGACCGUCCAGAACCAGCUGGCCCGGAUCCACAGGGUCCGGAACUUCGCCAGCCAAGGCGGCGGGAGGAGAGAGUUCUGCAAGAACACCAAUUGACCCGGUUUCACUAUAGACCCGGUUCUACCAGGUGACCCGGUUCGGACUUGGAGACUAUUCAUCCUUGGUUCUCAUUGGACCAAAACCAGAACUUUUGGAAGGAUUCAGAACCAGGAUCUGAUUAAAAACUGACUGGUAUUUUUACUGUUAUUGAUAAUAAAAUUGUCCAAAAAUCCAGA